GCCCGGCCCGGUGCAGCUCGAGGCGCCUAUAAAGGAGGCGACGACGGUAGGAUUGUUUUCUGCGUUCCCAGUGCUGCUCCUGGUUCACGUCCUGUUUUCAUCCCGUUCUGCUCCGGCCCGGCAGCACCAUGAGGGAGAUUGUCCACAUCCAGGCGGGACAAUGCGGCAACCAGAUCGGCGCCAAGUUCUGGGAGGUGAUCAGCGACGAGCAUGGCAUCGACCCCAGCGGUAACUACAUGGGUGAUUCAGACCUGCAGCUGGAACGCAUCAGCGUCUACUACAAUGAGGCUUCUUCUCACAAGUACGUGCCUCGUGCCAUCCUGGUGGACCUGGAGCCAGGGACGAUGGACAGUGUGCGCUCCGGUGCCUUUGGCCACCUCUUCCGCCCUGACAACUUCAUCUUUGGGCAGAGCGGGGCUGGGAACAACUGGGCAAAGGGGCACUACACAGAGGGGGCUGAGCUGGUGGACUCGGUGCUAGAUGUGGUGCGGAAGGAGUGCGAGAACUGCGACUGCCUGCAGGGCUUCCAGCUGACCCACUCAUUGGGUGGUGGCACGGGCUCUGGCAUGGGCACCCUCCUCAUCAGCAAGGUGCGGGAGGAGUAUCCCGAUCGCAUCAUGAACACUUUCAGUGUGGUCCCAUCCCCCAAAGUGUCGGACACGGUGGUGGAGCCCUACAAUGCCACACUCUCCAUCCACCAGCUGGUGGAGAACACGGAUGAGACCUACUGCAUCGAUAACGAAGCUCUCUACGACAUCUGCUUCCGCACACUCAAGCUGGCCACCCCCACCUAUGGUGAUCUCAACCACCUCGUCUCAGCCACCAUGAGCGGUGUCACCACUUCCCUCCGCUUCCCUGGCCAGCUCAAUGCUGACCUCCGCAAGUUGGCAGUCAACAUGGUGCCCUUCCCACGUCUCCACUUCUUCAUGCCAGGCUUUGCCCCACUUACAGCUCGUGGCAGCCAGCAGUACCGUGCCCUCACUGUCCCUGAGCUCACCCAGCAGAUGUUUGAUGCCAAAAACAUGAUGGCUGCCUGUGACCCCCGCCACGGCCGCUACCUCACUGUGGCCACCGUCUUCCGGGGCCGCAUGUCCAUGAAGGAGGUGGAUGAGCAGAUGUUGGCCAUCCAGAGCAAGAACAGCUCCUACUUUGUGGAGUGGAUCCCAAACAAUGUCAAGGUGGCUGUCUGUGACAUCCCUCCACGAGGGCUGAAAAUGUCUUCCACCUUUAUUGGCAAUAGCACAGCCAUCCAGGAGCUCUUCAAGCGCAUCUCGGAGCAGUUCACAGCCAUGUUCCGCCGCAAGGCCUUCCUCCACUGGUACACAGGUGAGGGGAUGGACGAGAUGGAGUUCACAGAGGCUGAGAGCAACAUGAAUGACCUGGUGUCUGAGUACCAGCAGUACCAAGAUGCCACGGCUGAGGAGGAAGGUGAGAUGUACGAGGAUGAGGAGGAGGAGUCAGAGGCGCAGGGUGCCAAGUGAUGCCCAAUGCCUCACCCCUCUGCCACCUGCAGCCCCCCUGGCUUUGUGCUGCUGCACCCCCAGGCCUCAGCUGGACUCCCCCUGCACCCCUUUGGUGUCUCAUGACCCUGUC